AGGUAUACUCAUGAUAGUCAUGUGCGGCGUCCUGCACGAGUCUGCAUUCUGGGAACUCGGUGGUUCCGCGAGUGUGGUGCAGAGAGGCAAAGAUGUAUAAAGUGCUGCUUCCUGCUCCCAGGUUCUUGGUUCAUCAUCAACUGCCAAUUGUCAAUCCGCAGUCUUGUUCGAUACGAUGAAGUGGGCUACUAUCACCACGGCUUUGUUGCCUUUGGUCGCCGCUCAUGGCUUUACCCACCAGCAAUAUGCCUCUGGAGAGGUUAUGGACCUCAUGAUGUCCGGAAAAGAGGCUGCUUGGGCUAAGCAGCGCGCUGCUGGCGCCUACGACAGCAAGCGCUGGAACGGGUUCUCUAAGAAGAGGGCCAACAAGAACAAGAUUGAGUGCAAGCACGGCCGUGUUGAGGCUGUCAAGGGAGAUGCCGACCAGACCUACAAGUGCAAGAACAUCGACAUGUACGAUUUCAAGACGCACGAGGAGCUCGGUGAUGCUAUUGGUGAGGGAAGUGGUUCCUGGGGUUGGUCGCACAAGGGCCGAGACUUUAUUGCCAUUGGUCAGACUUACGGUGCCUCCUUCUCCGAGGUCACCAAGGACGGUCAACUCGAGUACCUUGGUCGCCUUCCCGCCAACAACGACUCCGUCAUCUGGCGUGAGAUCAAGGUUGUUCGUGACAGCCUCAUCGUCGGCUCCGAAGGUGUCGGCCACCAUGUCCAAGUCUUCGACCUGAAGAAGCUGCUCAAGCUUUCCCCCAAGAAGCCCUACACUUUCGACAUCAAGACCGACACUGCUCUCGUCGACAUCAACCAGGGCAUUAAGGGCCGCACCCACACCGUUGUUGCCAACAACGAGAAGAACUACGCCGUCGCCUGCGGUGCUGGCGGUCGCCCCGGCCGUAACGACACCUGUGCUGGUGGACCCAUGUUCAUCAACAUGGACGAUCCCACUAAGCCUUACGUCUCUGGUUGCAACGGUCAGGAUGGCUACACUCACGACGCUCAGUGCAUUGUCUACCGUGGACCUCACAAGAAGUACUACGGCCGUGACAUUUGCUACGGUUACAACGAGGACACCCUGACCAUCUACGAUGUCACCAACAAGGUUGGCUUCGGUAACGCCGGUGCCAUCAUCUCUCGCACCCCUUACGUCGGUGCUUCUUACACCCACCAGGGUUGGGUCCUUGAUGCCAUGUGGCAGACCCACAUCGUCAUGGACGAUGAGCUUGAUGAGGGUCAGAUCGACCCCAACCGCACUGCCGUUGACUCUCCUGCCAAGGACGGCUUCGCCGUGACCUACAUCUGGGAUAUCCAGAACCUCGAGAAGCCAGUCGUCACCGGCUACUACAAGACCACCACCCGCUCCGUCGACCACAACCAAUACGUCUACGACGGCCUUGACUACCAAUCCAACUACCAAGCCGGUCUCCGCAUCCUCGACGUCUCCAGCAUCCCCAAGUUCCCCGACGGCUCCAAGGUCAAGGAGAUUGCCUACUUUGACGUCUACCCUCCGGAUGAUGUCAAGCCCGGCGGCGGUGACGCUCUCUGGGACGCUGGUACCUGGUCUGCCUACACCUUUGAGUCUGGUUACGUUGUUAUCAACACUAUUGACCGUGGUGUCUUUGUUGUUAAGCAGGCUGAUGUCAAGGGUAGGAAGAGGGGUCAGGGUAAGUACUGGGGUAAGCACUAGAGUGCACCCUGGUGUGAUGGAUGCCUUGCGCGGUAAAAGCGUAAAAUGGUAAUCGAAAUCAAUGAAAUUUUCAAACAUGAACUACACAUUUCCCAUGUAUGAAUGAUCAUGAUCAACGUGCAAGAGCUUUGCGGAAUGUUUCGAAACUGACAUCAUGACGCAUGCCGGGCACAGGAGCCAAGCUUGAUGUUGGGAAGCAUAUAGAACCUGCCGUUAUUUCUCUCUCUCCUCUUCUUUGCUUACUAGCUCCGUCCUAUGCCAUGUUACCAAAAAGAUAACGCAAU